UGUGUGUGAGUGCGGUCUGCGUUAAACCCCUCAGUUCUACUGAAUACUACAUUAUUCAUAAUAAUAACUGCUCCUGAAACAACAUGGAGGUGGAAUUAAACGUGGGUCACUCUGCUAAUGACCGAGGAGACGCUGAGCUGGGCAGCCUGACUUCUUUUUCUGCCAACGGCAGCGGCGGUGAGGAGGACGAGGCCGACGCCUCGGUCUCGAGUACACCGCGCCACGGGGACGGAAUCGCUCUGUGCGGCGGCCGUGAGCAGGAGGUGUCGGUGGAAAUAGGCAUGACUUAUCUGUGUCAGCGAGCGGAUAAGACAUGGCAUUCAGCAGAGGUGAUCCAGUCCAGACUGAACGAGCAGGAGGGCAGAGAGGAGUUCUAUGUGCACUAUGUUGGAUUUAACAGACGGCUGGAUGAGUGGGUUGGAAAAGGUCGUCUAGCGUUGACCAAAACUGUGAAGGAUGCAGUAAGAAAAAGUGUGGAGGAGGGAGGGGGAGAGCUUGGGGACCAGCCAGAGAGGAAGAUCACUCGAAACCAGAAGCGCAAACACGAUGAAAUCAACCAUGUUCAGAAGACCUAUGCAGAGAUGGACCCGACUACAGCAGCUCUGGAGAAAGAGCACGAAGCGAUCACCAAAGUAAAAUACGUGGACAAGAUCCAGAUUGGCAAUUUCGAGAUCGAUGCCUGGUACUUCUCGCCAUUCCCUGACGAUUACGGAAAACAGCCCAAGCUCUGGAUCUGUGAAUACUGUCUAAAAUACAUGAAGUAUGAGAAGACCUUCAGAUACCACCUGACGCAGUGUCAGUGGCGGCAGCCUCCAGGAAAAGAGAUUUAUCGCAGAGGCAAUAUCUCAGUUUACGAGGUGGAUGGGCGAGACCAUAAGAUCUACUGUCAGAACCUUUGCCUGCUGGCCAAACUCUUUCUGGAUCACAAGACUCUUUAUUUUGACGUGGAACCGUUUAUCUUUUACAUACUUACUGAGGUCAACAGACAGGGGGCGCACAUUGUAGGCUACUUCUCCAAGGAGAAGGAAUCUCCCGAUGGUAAUAACGUUGCUUGCAUCCUCACGCUUCCUCCAUACCAGCGCAGAGGAUAUGGAAAAUUUCUCAUCGCAUUUAGUUACGAGUUGUCGAAGUUGGAAAGCACAGUUGGCUCUCCAGAGAAGCCGUUAUCAGAUCUGGGCAAGCUGAGUUACAGGAGCUACUGGUCGUGGGUACUUCUGGAGAUUUUAAGAGAUUUCAGAGGGACGUUAUCCAUCAAAGAUCUCAGUCAAAUGACCAGCAUCACACAGAGCGACAUCAUCAGCACGCUGCAGUCUCUAAACAUGGUGAAGUACUGGAAGGGCCAACACGUCAUCUGCGUCACACCCAAACUCGUAGAGGAACAUCUGAAGAGCGCACAGUACAAGAAACCUCCCAUUACAGUGGACACUAUGUGUUUAAAAUGGGCGCCACCUAAACAUAAACAAGCCAAGUUCUCCAAGAAAUGAGGAACGUCAACACGCAAACGAUCGGACAAUGAUUAACGCACACCUUAUGUUCUGUUUAAAAGAAUUUGUUGACAUUGUUACACUGUACAUUGUUUUUUUUUUUAAAUAAAGAAGGCUCGUGUCCUUUCA